UCUCCAGAGGCGGGCCCUGAGCCGGCACCUCCCCUUUCGGACAGCUCAAGGGGCUCAGCCAACUGGCUCACGCCUCCCCUUCAGCUUAUCUUCACGCCCUCCAAGAUCUAAACCGAGAAUCGAAACUAAGCUGGGGUCCAUGGAGCCUGCACCCGCCCGAUCUCCGAGGCCCCAGCAGGACCCCGCCCGGCCCCACGCGCCCACCAUGCCUCCCCCCGAGACCCCCUCUGAAGGCCGCCAGCCCAGCCCCAGCCCCAGCCCUACAGAGCAAGCCCCCCCUUCGGAGGAGGAGUUCCAGUUUCUGCGCUGCCAGCAAUGCCAGGCCGAAGCCAAGUGCCCGAAGCUGCUGCCUUGUCUGCACACGCUGUGCUCAGGAUGCCUGGAGGCGUCGGGCAUGCAGUGCCCCAUCUGCCAGGCACCCUGGCCCCUAGGUGCAGACACACCUGCCCUGGAUAACGUCUUUUUCGAGAGUCUGCAGCGGCGCCUGUCGGUGUAUCGGCAGAUUGUGGACGCGCAGGCUGUGUGCACCCGCUGCAAAGAGUCUGCGGACUUCUGGUGCUUUGAGUGCGAGCAGCUCCUCUGCGCCAAGUGCUUCGAGGCACACCAGUGGUUCCUCAAGCACGAGGCCCGGCCCCUAGCAGAGCUGCGCAACCAGUCGGUGCGUGAGUUCCUGGACGGCACCCGCAAGACCAACAACAUCUUCUGCUCCAACCCCAACCACCGCACCCCUACGCUGACCAGCAUCUACUGCCGAGGCUGUUCCAAGCCGCUGUGCUGCUCGUGCGCGCUCCUUGACAGCAGCAGCCACAGUGAGCUCAAGUGCGACAUCAGCGCAGAGAUCCAGCAGCGACAGGAGGAGCUGGACGCCAUGACGCAGGCGCUGCAGGAGCAGGAUAAUGCCUUUGGCGCGGUCCACGAGCAGAUGCACGCGGCCGUCGGCCAGCUGGGCCGCGCGCGUGCCGAGACCGAGGAGCUGAUCCGGGAGCGCGUGCGCCAGGUGGUAGCUCAUGUGCGGGCUCAGGAGCGCGAGCUGCUGGAGGCGGUGGACGCGCGGUACCAGCGCGACUACGAGGAGAUGGCCAGUCGGCUGGGCCGCCUGGAUGCUGUGCUGCAGCGCAUCCGCACGGGCAGCGCGCUGGUGCAGAGGAUGAAGUGCUACGCCUCGGACCAGGAGGUGCUGGACAUGCACGGUUUCCUGCGCCAGGCGCUCUGCCGCCUGCGCCAGGAGGAGCCCCAGAGCCUGCAAGCCGCCGUGCGCACGGACGGCUUCGACGAGUUCAAAGUGCGCCUGCACGACCUCAGCUCUUGCAUCACCCAGGGAACAGAUGCAGCUGUAUCCAAGAAAGCCAGCCCAGAGGCUGCCAGCACUCCCAGGGACCCUACUGACGUUGACCUGCCCGAGGAGGCAGAGAGAGUGAAGGCCCAGGCUCAGGCCCUGGGACUGGCUGAAGCCCAGCCUAUGGCUGUGGUACAGUCAGUGCCCGGGGCACACCCUGUGCCAGUGUACGCCUUCUCCAUCAAAGGCCCUUCCUAUGGAGAGGAUGUCUCCAAUACAACCACAGCCCAGAAGAGGAAGUGCAGCCAGACCCAGUGCCCCAGGAAGGUCAUCAAGAUGGAAUCUGAGGAGGGGAAGGAGGCAAGGUUGGCUCGGAGCUCCCCGGAGCAGCCCAGGCCCAGCACCUCCAAGGCAGUCUCACCACCCCACCUGGAUGGGCCGCCUAGCCCCAGGAGCCCCGUCAAAGGAAGUGAGGUCUUCCUGCCCAACAGCAACCAUGUGGCCAGUGGCGCCGGGGAGGCAGAGGAACGCAUUGUGGUGAUCAGCAGCUCGGAAGACUCAGAUGCUGAAAACUCGUCCUCCCGAGAGCUGGAUGACAGCAGCAGUGAGUCCAGCGACCUCCAGCUGGAAGGCCCCAGCACCCUCAGGGUCCUGGACGAGAACCUUGCUGACCCCCGAGCAGAAGACAGACCUCUGGUUUUCUUUGACCUCAAGAUUGACAAUGAAACCCAGAAGAUUAGCCAGCUGGCUGCGGUGAACCGGGAAAGCAAGUUCCGAGUGGUCAUCCAGCCUGAAGCCUUCUUCAGCAUCUACUCCAAGGCCGUGUCCCUGGAGGUGGGGCUGCAGCACUUCCUCAGCUUUCUGAGCUCCAUGCGCCGCCCUAUCUUGGCCUGCUACAAGCUGUGGGGGCCUGGCCUCCCGAACUUCUUCCGGGCCCUGGAGGACAUUAACAGGCUGUGGGAAUUCCAGGAGGCCAUCUCGGGCUUCCUGGCUGCCCUGCCCCUCAUCCGGGAGCGUGUGCCCGGGGCCAGCAGCUUCAAACUCAAGAACCUGGCCCAGACCUACCUGGCGAGAAACAUGAGCGAGCGCAGCGCCAUGGCUGCCGUGCUGGCCAUGCGUGACCUGUGCCGCCUCCUCGAGGUCUCCCCGGGCCCCCAGCUGGCCCAGCAUGUCUACCCCUUCAGUAGCCUGCAGUGCUUUGCCUCCCUGCAGCCCCUGGUGCAGGCGGCUGUGCUGCCCCGGGCCGAGGCCCGCCUCCUGGCACUACAUAACGUGAGCUUCAUGGAGCUGCUGAGUGCACACCGCCGUGACCGGCAGGGGGGCCUGAAGAAGUACAGCCGCUAUCUGAGCCUGCAGACCACUGCGUUGCCCCCUGCCCAGCCUGCUCUCAACCUGCAGGCUCUGGGCAACUACUUCGAAGGCCUGUUGGAGGGUCCGGCGCUGGCACGGGCAGAAGGAGUCUCCACCCCUCCUGUUGGCCAUGGCUUGGCAGAGAGGGCCUCCCAGCAGAGCUGAGAGGAGGGGGUGACUGGCUUGGAGUCUCUGGUGGGCAGAGAGGGAUGGGGUCCCUGAGCCAGGCCCCACCCAUCACAGCAUUCCCAGGUCCUGGUACCCAGCCCUCAGUUGUCAUUUGGUUCAGAAUCAGUUCCCUUUCUCUGGGACCAAAUUUCCCUUCUCUAAACAUCCUACAGAGAAGGGUCCAAAGCUGAGCACCCACCACCCCAGGUGUGCACCAGACUCCUAUUAGCCUCUCCUUCCAGGAGCUAGAACCAGGGAGGUCCUGAGUGAGGAAGGCAUGACCUCUGGGCUCUCUAGGUGGCCCUGGUCUUUCCCCAUCCAUCCCACCUGCCACUACCUUGGGUGCCCUUACAGCUCUGCACUGACCCCAGCCCCUGCCCCAGGACACCUGCUGACAGCUCCCACAGAGAACAGUCUGAGGGGAUGCUGGCUACAGCGCUGGCAGCCCAUGGCGACUCAAAGUGCCUUCCAAACCAAACUGCCCCUCAUGAGGUUAGGGUCCUCCACCCUCCACCUGCCCAGAGGUCAACUCUGUUCCCUUCUCCUUUCAUCCCAGAGGGGCCUCAUCAGCAAAGACAGAAACUGAUGUUCCACGCAUGUCCCUGCUUCCAAAGCCUGACCUUGCAAAGCUUGCUUCCUUCCUCCUGGCUGCACAGACACCUCUGCUUGGCCACAGCUUUGCUCUUCGGUCCUCAGGCCACCAGACCCCUCACAGCAUGGCCCUUGGCUCUUCCUGCACUGCCCUCACCCUCAGCCAUCCCAAGGAGUGCCCAGCACUACUCAGCGUGUAGUCCAGGACCUGUGGCAUCAGCAUCCCCUGGGAGCUUCUUAGAAAUGCAGACCCGUGGGCUCUACCGCAGGCCUCUGGAAUCAGAAUCUUCAGGGUGGGGCCCAGCAGUCUGUGUUUUAACAGGUUCUCCCGGUGAUGCUGGUGCAUGCUCAAGUUUGAGAACCGCUGCUCUCAUAGACUGCUCCUCCAAGGGGAAGCAGUGUGGAACAGCAGAGAAAGUCCUGUCCCUAUCUCUGACUGUGCAGUGAGUGUGGCCUAGGAAUAGGCCCCUUCCUAAGCUCUAGUGUCCCCAUCUGCAAAAUGGGCUGAUUGGCCUCCAUGGUCAGAGCUGCCAUCUGGCUGUGCCAUCCUGCAUUUUUAGGAAUGGAAAGCAGGCCUCUGAGGCAGUGGACAGGAAGAUUUCUCAUCCUUGAAUUCUAGCUCCUAUUCCAAACUGUUAGUCCCCAACCUUGUGGUCACAUCAGAGGUCAACAGCAGAACAGAGGCAGGUCAGGGUUGUCCGCUCUGAUUAGCAGAACAACGGACCCUUCCUCCUCCUCCCUCCUUCCCAUCCCUUCUCAUUGGCUCCCUGCUCCUGGGAUGCUUCCCAAGCAGCCCCGGCCUCUAGCCUCCAUGGCUGAUGACCUCAGCUUUCACGUCGGUGAAAUCUGUGUACCCAUACUGCAGCCCCAUCCCAUGGGGGCCCUGAAGACCCACUGAGGAAUUCCGUAGGGUCUUGUUCCCACGACCGGAGUGCUGGCUCUCACAGUGAACUUUGAUGCAUUUAAAAUAAGAUUCUGAUGCCAAACUGUUAAAGCAGGCGCUGGUUCUGAAGCACCGAUGGAAACAGAUUGAUGCAGAUGGAAGGAGGAAGGGAGACUGGGCCCACUGAUUUCCAGCCCCACCAUGUGUGCUGUUUUCAGAUGUGAUUGGGGGGUGUUCUGCCCUGCCUCCACUGUCACAGCCUUUAAUAAAGAUGUGAAUCUUGAAA